AGCCCGCAUUUCCCACACUUGCGCCUGGAGAAUGCAGAAAUCACAGGGGUGGCCCCGGGACUUCGGUUUGCAGUGUCGCUCCGAGUCUGGCUGUGACGUUGUGGGAACUCUGGUGUCAUGACGGGGGUCACACAGCCUGGGUACAUUGAAAAGAGUCGAGCAAAAGAAUGGGCACUAUUUUACUUGAGCGUAAAGAAUCAUCCAGCUAAUGAACUAUCAUUUGGCAUGAGCAAUUAUUCUAAAUAUAACUUGAGCAAAGAUUUUGAAAAGCUGAAAACGUUGUUGUUCAUUCAACCUAAGCAAAGAAGCCAAGAAAGCCUCAGAGAGAUUCAACUAUAUCUAAAGAAGAAUAGGGCAUUUCACAGUUUGCCAAAUGAAGUACAGCUCCAACUUUGCCAGACUGCAAUCUAUCAAGAAUUUGAAGCUGGAAGUGUGCUUCUAAGACAAGGACAUGUACCACUUGAAUGCUACUUGAUUCUUGCUGGACAUUUAAAGGUCAUGUCAAGUAAUACAAGCAUGAACAAAAUUACCAACUCUGAAAUUUUAAGUGAGUUUGAAGAAGGUGACUUCAUAGGGGAAACAUGCCUUUUAACUAAUGCCAAUCGGCCUGCUUCGAUUUUGUGUAAAACAGAUGCAAAAGCUCUUGUAAUAAGUAAAGAAGAUUUCUACUGUAUUCUUGCACAGAGAGUACAAGAACAAUAUCAAGAAGCAUGCAGCCUUCUAAGGAAUCUCUCAUUAUUCCGUUCAUGGCCAAAAGAAAAGAUAGACUUUCUGCUUCACUGUUCUUUACAUCGACACUACAGGACUGGAACAACCAUUAUCUCUGACAACUUGAACUCCUACUUUCUUGUAUUCAUCAUAUCUGGUCGUUGUCGGAUAAUUGCUAAGAUGAAGUGUGAGGAAAUAUCUGUAUGUUCCUGUGUAAUGAAGACAGGUUCUUCCACCCUGAAAAAUGUCCACACUGUUCUUCCACCAAAAGGAACUCUUGAUGUAACUGAAAGAAGUUUAGAAACAUCCACAGUUUCUCCCAAGACUUCAUUCUCGGCUGCUAGGAAAAAGAAGCUAGAUACAAAGAAACCUCCCCUCCAGGGGUCUUCACCAGCAGCGUGUUUUGUUGAGAUAAGAGUUCUGGAGCAAGGUGAAGUUUUUGGCUUAGAAGAAACAUUGGACAAUUCAUGUGAUCUUCACUUGUACCUGAUUAGUCAAGGAGCGGAGUGCAUUUUUAUUCCCAAGAACUUGUUUCUGGCAGAAGCCAGCCCUGAGUCCAGGAGCGCUGCUUUGGAGCUGGUGUGCGCCCACCCCGCCGAGGAGGCCGUUCGGGAGUACCUGGCCCGGCAGCAAGUGUGGCACGAGUACAAGGCCAGGCUCCUGGCUCAGCAGCUGAAGACAGGAAGCCGGCCCACUGGCUCAGCUCAUUUCGAUUUUUAAUGAAAAAUCUUAAAAGAGAUUGAAAAACACAAUUGGAAGAUUAUUUUGAUAUGCACUUAGAAGUGCCUCCAUGGGGGUCAGGGCAUGGGCUGUAUUUAUGGCCUAAAUAAACGAUGCCACACCCUGCCUUGCUCAAAGCUCCAGCUGGUAACUUCCUCAUACUGGAAAACAUAACCGAAACUUGAUAAGAUAUACUGUUGCUCGUCACUGAAUGGCGUGUUUGAGAUUUAGCUAGUAAAGUGGUAUCAUUUCACACUGGACAUUUUUCUCAGUUAUUUG